GGGGGCGGCUCCAUAUAUGACAUGAUUAAUACCACCAAAGGCCAAUCCCUGAGAGAGACCUGGAUUGGAUAUGUAUGCAAAGAAGUGUUAAAGGCACUCAAGCACAUCCACAAGAACAGGGCCGUGCACCGAGACAUCAAGAGCCCGAACAUAAUGCUUACAGAGAAAGGGAAGGUGAAGCUGAUCGAUUUUGGACUCUGCUGGGACCUGGACCCACAGACUGGAAAGUGCUAUGAGAGUGAAGGCACUGCGCACUGGAUGGCACCCGAGGCCAUAAGGAGGAGAGGCAAACCAGUGGCGUAUGACACCAAAUGUGACAUCUGGUCGAUGGGGAUUACCGCCAUCGAAAUGGCCGAGGGAGAAACACCAUAUGCCAAUCAGUAUCCAGUGUCAGACCUCAUACUGAACAACGAUGCACCGGAGCUUCAAUCAAAGACCUGGUCACAGAAUUUUGUGUCCUUUUUGAAGUGUUGUCUAGAAAAGGAACCAUCAAAGAGGUGGAGCGCUGAAGAACUUCUGCAGCACCCGUUCUUAACUGAACUGCCCCCAAAGAAGACGAUUAGGGCUGAAAUAAAGAAACACCUUCAGGUGCCGCAGAACCAUCUGACCAAGAAAAGAUUGAAGGGAGUAGCUGUCUGGACCAUGAAGAAGCUGCAGAGUGCUUGUUCCUUCUGCACUCACCAGACAUUGCCAGAACAAAGCGUGGCUGAGCAAAUGGCACUGGAUGGCUUUCCCUCUUACUGAUCUUGUGGCGAAUAACAUCAAUGCUCAAGAUGAUUCUCCUGAAUAACAUCCAAGGAGAAAAAUCCACAGGGAAAGCACCAGUGCCAAUGACAGCUCCACCAGAACCAUCUGAACCACCCGUGUCUUGAACAUCCACUGACAGUGUCUUCACCUUCAUCCAGAGCUCCAUACUU